AUGUCAACCAACCCAGAGAUUCAGUCGCUCGUCACUACCAACCUCGCCACCGUGUGCGUAGAGAGCGCCCUCACGGGCGUAUUCUGGGUUCUCUAUGCACUGUCGACUUUCCUGCUGGUACAGCGUGCUCGCGACCGAGCGGCACAAACUACAUCAUCAGCCCGCUCAAUUUACAAAACGCCCAUGUUCAUCGCGUCACAUAUCAUCGCUGCCACUGUGACCGCGCACUGGAGUAUCACCGUUUAUCGACUUUUCUACGCGUUUGUCAUAUUCAUGGGUGGUACGGAACCGUUAAUCGUCUAUGCCAACAUCGCGGAGCCAUCAGAAAUUGCCAAAACCGCACUUUUUGUCGCCACUGUGUUGGCAUCGGAUGCCAUGAUCAUCUUCCGGCUGUACAUCAUCUGGGGCUAUAACAAGUGGAUAGUCAUCUUCCCUAUCAUGACUUGGUUUGGGUUGAUUGUCUGUGGAGUAGGCCUUUGCUGGAGGUUCUCCUUAUACCGACUUGGCGAGGAUGCAUAUCAUGACGAUAUCGGACGCUGGAUCACGAGUGACUGUGUCAUGACAUUUGUCACUAACUUGUAUUGUACUGUUUGUAUCGCAUGGCGUAUAUGGCGUACCCGUAUUCGCAGCAAGUCAUUUGGCGGUGGAAAUCUCAUGGGCGUCCUGGCGAUCGUCAUCGAGAGCGCACUCAUUCACACCUGCUGGAACCUCUUCUUUCUCCUUGAGUUCCAACUGCAGUCUGUCGUCCAGUUCACGGCGAUUGACGUAUGGAGCCCGGUCUGCGGCAUCACGUUCAUGCUCAUCAACUUCCGUGUCGCCCUCGGAUGGGCCCAAAAAGCACACUCCCACAGUCGAAGUGGUGGCAGCGCGUUCACGCAUCGCCUACCUACGGCGUCCGCGCAUUCUACUUCGUACCCGCUACGCAAGCAGGAGCUGGCCAGCGCAGCUGACAGUGUGCCUUAUUCGUAUAAGGAACCAUACACUAGCAUGAUGCCGCAUCCUUACGCCGCGCCGGACCCCGCGCCGUUCACCGUGAACAUUACGCGCGUUGUGGACACGGUCGACGACAAUGGUUCGAGCGUCCCGUACGAGGGCGAGGCAUAG